UCCUGCAGCGAGCAGCUGUGCUCCUGCUCACACGGCGGACACCAUGAGUAAGUCCAGCACGCUCAAAGUCCGGAAACUAUUCAGCCUCAAAUCACCGGAGAAGGAGAAGAAGGAGCUGAAGAGGUCGGGGUCCCUCAAAGAUGUAGUGGGUGCAGGGACCAACCCCGCGGACAUCCCGGGGGGGCCACCCUGGAGCCCCGGCUCUCUCAGCCCGGGAGACAACCCGACUCUACCCGGGGACUCUUCACUCAAUUCCCCGAAAGAAAAGAAGAAACGGCGGCUGCUGCCGUUCAAGCUGAAACGGAAGAAAUCCAAAGACAAAGCCCGAGAAGGAGGAGGAGGAGGAGGAGGAGGAGGAGAGGUGUUCUUCCCUGACACCGAUGAGCUGGAGAGCUUCAGCAGCUACACGAGCCUCGACCCCGACCAGAUGAGCGUUUCCACAGAGUUCAGCUACCAGACCGUGUCCGACUGGACGUCCAUGAUCAGCUUCGACAUGAACGCGGCGCCGGGGAGCCCGAUGUCGCCCUCCAAACACUCCAAGAGUUCGGAGGAGAAGAAAUCGGUGUUCGGCCGUUUAACCAACUUCUUCAGCUCCAAGAGGAAGAAGAGCAGCAGCCGGAAUCAUUCGAGCACCUCCGACAGCUCCGCGGCAUCCCCCUUGUCGCCACGUUCGCCCCAAUCUGAGCCAGAAAAUGGGUUCAAUGCUGAGCACGGCGACACUGUGAGCCAGAGCUCGAGCCGGAGCGCCUCCAGUAGGGCCUCGCAGGUCACCGUAGAGGCAGACCUGCCGUUUGCAGACAGCAACAGCACCGGGAGCGUGAAGGAGCUGAAUGCAAUCAUGACUUCCACAGACCCUGCAUCUGCCACCGAGCCAGAUCUCGGUUUGAAGUCAGAAGUGGGCUUCGCUGAAUCCGUGGUGGAGGAAGUGAGCAAACGGCUGCAGGUGAAUUUGGAACAGAAAGUACUGAAGAGACCAGAGAGCAGCAGCGAGGAUGAGGUCAUCAGCCCGACCACACUGACGUCACUUCAGAUCCCACUUUCCAAGGCCGUGGAGUGCCCAAAGUCUCCUAACCUAACCUCCAUAAGCUUAGCAUCAAAGAAAGCAUCGGUGAAGGUUGGAGAGAAGGGCCACAGCACGGCGCUGAGAGGAAUAACUUUGCUCAAACCGGAGGGAAAGCCUCCGGACCUGAAGAGGGAAAACUCAGGAGGACCCAGGACGAGCACUCGAAUAUCCACCAGCAGCCUCUCGGGGGAAAGUGCAACCACGAGAGAGGAAAAACCCCGAGGCGAGUCUCCUGUCCUGUUCCACAAAGCCAUAUGGGUGGAGACACACCUGGGGGAGGAGGAGGUGGAGUGGGAGAAAGAAAGGGGUGUAAUGAAAAAGGAGGAGGAGGGCUUUAGAGCAGACUCGCCUCCUCUUUUGGCCGUACCUGUCACAGUAAUUCCAGAGGACGACUCAGAGAAUGAGGGAGUACCAGAGAGCCCUCCCACCCCCUCAGAGACUCCUGCGCUCAGUGGCAGCCUGCCACACUCACUCGCCUCCCUGUCACAGACUGUGGGGGAGGUCCAGACCCCCACGGAGCAGCCGGAGGGGCCGGACACAGACUCAACAAGGAGUUCUCCUCCGGUUCAGGAGCGACACCGGACGAGAUCGAGCUGGGUCACACGCAGGACUGUGAGUCUGCCUUCGAAGAGCAAAGCUGUUGCCGAGGUGCACACCGGCCCCGAGCCGAGCGUGGACGAAGGCUCAACUUCAAAGGGCUCAAACACAACAGAGGCGAAACCACGGCUGAUCCUCCAAAACAACAACGAUGCUGAUUUUAAGGACACAACCCUCGAUCUGCCCACACCAGAAGACGAGUCUUCACCCUCUGAGGCAAUUACUCCAGAAGCCAUAGUUAAAGGUAAAACAGACUUGGAGGCCUCAGACUUCGAUGACACUUCUGCAGCGUCAGACAUGUACAAAAAGAAGCCAGCAGCUGCAGAACCAGCAGCGAGAGGCCAAGCGGCCGACCAGGCUGCAGCCCCGAAACGAGGAGUUAAAGGAGCAGCAGAAAGCCGGCAUACCACGGCGGGUGGAACAAAGACCCCGACCUCUGCAGCUGCAAACAAGGCCAAGAAUGUCCCAACAAAGGCAAAGGGCUCCACAGAGGGCACAAAAGUGGAAACUUCCAGUGAUAAUCCAACACAAAGAGACCGAGCCGUUGGUAUGUUGCCAGCAUUAAAAGACCAAACCCGUGCUCCCUCCGGUGCUGCGGGUUCAAAGUCUAAAAUCCCCAAAAGAUCAACAUCAGACGCAGACGUGAAAUCGCCAGUGACACCAGAUAAGACAUCGGCGCCGGACACCUCAGGGCCCAAACUACAAAAACAACCUAGGACCAAAGAGACUCUGAAAUCUCCAACAACCGCAGCCAGACCUGGAAGGAAACCAAGCUUUGAGGAAACCAAAGGAGGAAAAUCGGUGUCGGGGAACAUUUCUCCCACGAAAACUAGGACCGGAACAAAACUCAGCAAGGACAAAUCAGAUGAGGACUUUGAGUCUGUGAUCUUGCUAAAUGACGUGGAAAAUGAGGAGAGAAGCAGUAAAAGUGGACACCCACCACACGGGGAAAGUCCGGACGUCAAAAAAACACAGCAGCAGAACGAUGUGGAGAGCCGGCUGCCCGUUUCAUCUCCGACAAGAAAGAAGGUUGAUAUAACCCAUAGAAGGGUUUCAUCGGGUCAGGUGGACUCGGACAGACCUAAAACAGUCCAGAAGACAAGUCGAGAGCAGAAAGAUGCAACAGCUGACGAGAGUCCUGGGAGUGAGACGCCGCCAGCGCUGCCCGAAAGUCCAAAGAAAGCAGGAAGUGUCCCACCAGUGAAACCACCCAAAACCUUUUCUAAAAGAAUCCACGGUGAGAGAGAUACUCCGACCUCCAGCAUCUCUCCACCUCCCACCAAAGAGAAAACCGUCUCAUCAAGAAUCUUUAAAUGGAACCAAAAAAUGGCUGCAAAAGAUUCACCUGAGACUUCGUCGUCUGUGAGCAAACUUCCCACAAGAGGCCAGAGAAGCUCCAAUAAACUAAAACCCAGACAACGUUCCCAAAGUGGGAAUUCUGAGGACUCAAAUCACAACACAUCGACAGAGACGGAUGUAAAAGCACCUGAAAGCGUCACAGCAAAUGAGCGUGACAGUAAAGACGCAUUUAAAUUCAAGUCGGAGGGAGAGGAAUGUAUUAUAAAACACACCGAUGAAACCAAAGUGAAAGAAAAAGACACUGGAACCAGUACAGCAACUGAAGACAUUUCAAACAUCCAGCAGUUGCAAAACAGCGACACAGUUAUUACAGGAAGUGCUCCGGACACAGGAGCCGAGGUGCAGUCGAGCUGCGAGAUCGACAAAGAAAUUCCGUCUCAAGUUACUGAUGGAAGUCGAGCAGAAAAUGCGUCUGUUAUUCAAAAUAAAAACACAACACGAGAACCGAAAUCCCCGUCACUGAAAACACUGAAGCUAACAGGAAACGUGAAUAAAAACACGGCAACACGAACUCACGACACAAAACAAGCUCCUGAAGAUGAAGCUGACAUGCCAAGCAAACCCGCUGAGGGUGACAGCGUUCAAAGGGAGAUACGUGGACGUAUCCCUGCUAAUAAAAUAAAUGCAUUCACUUCCAAGCAAAAGAUAAACAGCAGCAGUUUUCCUGCUAAACUGAUGUCAAAGGAUGACUCAGAUCAGUCUAAACCAGCCAGUACAGAGCAGCAAAAGGAUUUAUCAAGGGAGGAUCAAUUAACAAACGAUAGGGACACGUCCCUGACAUUAAACAAGGCCUUAGCAAAAGAUGUUGAAGUAGAGGAGAAAAGCAAAGAGGAGGGUGGCAGGAAACCAGCAGAGAGGUUGGGCAUUCAAACAGAGGCUGUGACUGUUGGUGAAUUGUCCAAGAAUGUUGAAAAUCAGAUGCACAAAGAGGCUCUUUUACUCGCAGGAGGAUCUGAAGGGAAAGGCUCAAAACCAAAUGAAACGCUCAGUGACACAGCAGUGGAAAACACCGAGUCACAGAAUAGUUGCAAAGAGGCGCUCAAGGGCAGAACCACAGAAAGACCCAUUACAAAUUCAGAGAAAUCAGCACAUCUGUCAGCAGAGGACAGAGGCUUAUCAGCUGAAUCCAAGGAAGAAACACAGACAGGGGCUACAAACGCUCUGAAAGAACAAACGAGGGAGGAGCACGCAAUACUCCAUGAAACUACAAAACAGCAGCCUGAGAUGCCUUUGAAAGAAAACACAGAGAGCAGCGGCGAGAAAACAAAAGCAUCAGAAGUGAAAAAUGAAUCCAAACUGCUUCUGACCAAAGAUGAGGAAGUCGGAGGUGAAGACACAAGUCUGGACGACAAACGCGACAGAGAUGUAAAAGGAAAACGAACUCCAGAAGUAAAAGACAAAAACACGUUCGAUGCUGAAGCUGAUAAAGAAAAGAAGAUUUUAUUGAACGUGACUCAAGAAAACAAGAAGGCGGUCGCUGCUAAAGACCGAGGUGAGGACAUUACAACAAAGGCUAAUCUAAAUCAGGACCUUGCAGAGGUGAAAGCCUCAAAGAAGACAUCAGAAAAACAUAUUUUAAAAUCAGAUACAACUAAAGAAGUAAAAGCUGCCAGCACUGAAGCUACAGAGGAUUUGUCAGUGCAUAGCUUGGUGAGUGCGACUGAAGCUGUGAAUGCUGACAUUAAAUCUAACAUCCAGGAAGACCAAAAGUCCAUAAUUGUUGGAGACCUGGAUAAGAACAUAACAAAACCAGUCAAAGAUCCAGAUGAUAAAUUAGACCAGAAACCACAAAUGGUAAAAACUGGAGGUCAGGAGAAGAUGCUGAAGAGCCAGAAUAUGGAUGUUACUCAAGACCAGACCUCUCUAAGUACUGAAGACACCAAAGAAAAAACCAAAACCAGUGACCUGUCAGUGGACAGUCUGGGGAACGAUGCACUGACUGCAGAUAAUGAAGUCGAACUUCGAGGUAAAAGUAUAACAAAACCAGCCCAAGAAAAAUCAGUUCAAGAGAAGACAGUGGAGAGCCAAGAAAAGGUGAAAGUUCAAGAACUGAUCUCAGUAAACACUAGUACAGAAGGUACCAGAGAAAAGACAGAAGUCAGUAAUGCAGACAUGACAAAACCAGAACUGAAUAAGUCAACAGAAUCCAAAUGUCCACAAGCUGGUCUACAACAGGGACCAGAGACUGCAAAGACAGAAUCUACAGAUGACAUGGAAAGCAAAACUCAGGGUUCUGUGGAAAAUAAAGGGAGUCCUGACUCCAAGAUCUCAUCAGCAGAGAGUUUGGAAAAUGAAAAGGCUAACAAUGACAUUAGCAGUCAAAAGGACCAGAAGAGCACACCUGUCAAAGUUGUGCAAAUAAAGAAACCAGAGACAAUUACUGAACCUCACACAGCUCCAGGUACUAACAAAGAACCGAAAUCAAAGGCUGUAGCAACAAAGGAUCUGAAGAAAACAACUAAAGAUGCUGAAUUAACUGUAACAUCAAGUGUUUCCAUGGCUGGAAAAGCAGCUGGCAAACAGGAACAGAAAAACCUCAUCAAAGAGGUUGUUGGAGUGGAUGAGAAACUAAAGGCUUCAAAGAUGAAUGCCAAGAAAGAAUCACCCACUGUUGGUUUCGACGAGGUGUUCCUGAAGGACAAAGACACAAAAGAAAAAAGAGAAACAGAUGUUCUAGGUAGUGCUUUCAAAAAAGGACUACAGACUGCAGAGAAAUCAUCCACUUCAUCCCCAAGUCUGCAAUCAAAUGCAGACUUUCCUUCCAACUGGUUAGAUGUGGAAUCUCAUCAGAAGAAGAGAAGGGUCCACAAAAGAAGAUUUAACACGUCCGCUAGUGUGGAUGACCCUCUUGAUCCCGAUGAUUUUAUCAGGAACAUUAAGGAAGGUGGGAUGCCUUUCGCACUGCCUCCAAAGAAGCAUGUUCAUAAAAAGUCUCAAACUCCACAUUUUGUCUUGCCGGCCAUUAAGGAGGACCGCUUCGAGAAAACGUUCGAUCCUGAGGAAUUCCAGUUCGGCUUAAGGAAAAAUGGACGAACCUUUAUUGACCUUUUACCUAUGACAAUUCUUAAACAAAAGGGAAAUCAAAGGAAUGAGCAAACUCUGGAAAAAAAUGCCACACCCACUCCUGAACAGCAAGCAACACUUGAUGAGGUUGAAGGUAAAUCUGCACUCCAGGAGGGGGCCAAAGCUGAAGCAGGAAAAGAGGGGCAAGACAAUGAAGAGCCCGUGAAGCUUACGUCAAGGCUUAAUAAGAUUUCCAUCCUCUCCAGCUUACUGACCACUCGUUCCACCAGGAAGAGUUCAGAGGAAGUUUCCUCUGCCUCAAAUAGCACACCUUCCUCUGACCAGCAGCAGGGCAUGCCCUCACUCAGAAACGUGGAAGCUGCUGAUUCAUCAAAGCCUGAGGCCACACACAUGAGUGGGACGGGCGUAGAUCAAAGCCCGGUCACAGGAGGUGGUACAGGAAGAGUUAGUGAGUCAGUCUUUAGCUCCUCCUCUCCUCCUCCUCUUGUGCUGCCCUCGUUCUCUGACAUAAAGCUGCCUGAACAUUUAGAGAAAUUACUGAAGAAGAACAAAAAAGAAACACAGACCUCCACAGCGCAGACAAUUCAAACUAACCAGAAUACAAAGGAGAGCAUCGCUAUGGACCAGGACCUGAUAGCAGGUCUAUCUCAAGUGGAUCUGAACCUGAAGAGCCCUGAAGAACUUCCUCCAAUCACCAACUCCAUCCAGCAGCGCCCUUCAAAUGGAUUUCAAAAGACGACUUCAAAGCCAAAGAUUCCUGCAGUAAGAGGCUUCCACAAAAGGCCUGGAAAGAUCAUCAUACACGAGCAUGCUCAGUUUGGAGGAGAGGCCUUUGAGCUCUACUCUGAUGUAGAAGAUGCCACCACCAUGAAGCUGUCCCCCAUCAUAUCAGUCAGAGUCAUCAGAGGAUGCUGGGUCCUGUAUGAGAAGCCUGGUUUCCAGGGCCGUAUCAUCGCUCUGGAAGAAGGUCCUACAGAUGGCAUCGUGAAUGUCUGGGCAGAGGAGGAAAGUCCUGCAACGCUAGAUGAGAUAGGUGAACCUAUUCCCACAGCGCCUGUGGUCAUCGGCUCCAUUCGACUGGCAGUGAGGGACUACAGCAUGCCCCAGAUUGACCUGUUCUCAGAGGUGAACGGCAUGGGCAGGAUGGCGUCCUACUUUGACGACACCGUAGAGGUCAGCUCCUAUGGCAUCCCACAGACCACCGGCUCCAUUAAGGUCCAUUCUGGAGUCUGGCUGGUGUACAUCGAUCCAGGGUUUGGAGGGUUCAUGGGCAUGCUGGAGGUGGGAGAGUAUCCCUGCCCGGAGGCCUGGGGCUUCCCUGAGCCCUUCGUAGGCUCGCUCCGACCCCUCCGAAUGGGGCCGAUAAAAGUGGAGCGUCCCAAUGAAGUCAAGGCCUUACUGUACGAGAAGCCCAACUUUGACGGCGAGUGUUUAGAGGUUCACAGCGACAUCUACAACGUACAAGAGCCGGACGACGAAUCCGACGAACCUGCUGUGAACAAGAAGACGCUGUGUGCAGUCGGGUCUCUGAAGGUCCUCGGCGGCCUCUGGGUGGGCUACCAGGAGGCAGACUUUGAAGGCCAGCAGUACAUCCUGGAGGAGGGGGAGUACCCUCACUGCAGCCACUGGGGGGGAUCUGAGGACGGGCUGCAGUCACUUCGGCCUGUAAUCGCAGACUUCCUGUCCCCGCACGUUAAGCUGUUCAGCGAGCAGGACUUCGGUGAGCGGAGCCUCAGCAGCAACCUGCUGGGACCCGUCGUCAACCUGGAGGAGACCGGCCACGGUGCAAAGACCCAGUCUGUCGACGUCACCGGUGGAGUGUGGGUGGCCUUUGAGAAGCCGGGGUUCAGCGGAGAACUCUACGUCCUGGAGAAAGGCAUGUACGCAAACCCGGAGGACUGGGGAGCUCAGGACUUCAGGAUCGCAUCCAUACAGCCCGUCUUCCACGACAGCAUGGGAACCACGAAAUUCAAGGUCCAGCUCUACUCUGAGGAGCACUUCCAGGGACGGCUGGUGUGUCUGGAGGACAGCGCGGCAGCUCUGGAUGAAGGCUUCACACCCAGGUCCUGUAAGGUGCUGGCUGGCAGCUGGGUGGCAUAUGAGGGAUCCCAGUUCACGGAGAACAUGUACAUCCUGGAGGAGGGGGAGUACCCCAGCACAGAGGCAAUGGGCUUCCUGUCCUCAGACUCGAGCUUCCGGUCCAUCCGGACUGCAGGACAUGAGUUCUCUCUGCCGUCCAUCGCCCUGUUCACGAAGGUGGGCUGCAGAGGUCGCAGGGUGGUGCUGACACACGAAGCUGUGAACCUGCAUCAGGCCGGCCUGGACGCUCGCAUACGCUCCCUGGUGGUGGGCGGAGGAAUGUGGGUGCUGUAUGAGGGCAGUAACUACAGAGGUCGACAGCUGAUCCUCCAACCAACCCAAGAGGCUGAUUUAUUUCAGCGUAGCGGCUUUCAGCGGAUUGGAUCCCUCCGCCCAUUACUGCAGAAACCGAUGUACUUCCGCCUGAGGAACAGGGAGACGGGAUGCAUGAUGUCUCUGACGGGAACGCUGGAUGACAUCAAGCUGAUGAGAGUGCAGGCCGUGGAGGAGUCGGGGGGAGAGGAGCAGGUGUGGCUCUAUCGGGACGGAUAUCUCACCUGCAAGGUGGUUGAGGACUGUCUCCUGGAGUCCUCGGGCAGCGUGAUGAUGGCGGGCAGCCGUAUCUGCGUUUCUCCCGAGCGAGGCAAAGAUAGCCAGCUGUGGAACAUCAGCCCAGACGGUGUGGUUCACAGCAACCUCAAACCAGACCUCAUCCUGGAGGUCAAAGGUGGGCAUCAGUACGAUAAAAACCAGGUGAUCCUCAACACGUUUGAUGAGCGAAAGCUGAGCCAGAGGUGGAGUUUGGAGCUGCUGUGAUGACUCUCACGGCCUCCUGACGGAGCUCCGUCACGCUGGGCCCUCAGACGCAGCUCCGCCGUGGAGCCCACAACGAUGUUCGCUGUCGUGUUUGCUUGGAAAGACGAUGCGCUGGAUUACGAGCUCACGUUGAUGAACAAAAUGUUUUUAGCUGACCUUUAACCCAAAGACUGUUUACUUCAGCGAGACCUCUGCCCUGUUUCAAUGCUGCACCUUUUCCUGUACGGUACUUCUCUUACACUCCAGAAGCUGUUUGUAGAUCAAAGUGAUCCGCUGUAAAGUUUUUAAUUUUUUUACACACACACACACACACACACACACACACACACCGUCGUCUGUACAGAACCACUGAGUAUAAAGACUUUGAGUUUAACUCUGCUGCCCUCUGCUGGUUGUAAAUGUGAGAAUAUUGUUACACAUUAAAAUAAUAAUGUGA